UUCUGUAACGUAAAGCAGACGCGAGUCGUAAUUCGCUGACUUCAGGUCCGGCCCCUCCCCGCGCGGACAUUUGAAAAAGCUUUGUGAAGAGCAGAGAUAGUUUCCGACGAAGGAAAAAAACAAAACAUAUACAGACAUGGCGCCCAGAAAGAGGACCACCAAACAACGGAAAAACAACCCCAGAACGGCCAAACUGGAGGCUUUUCUGGAGGAUUUCGACAGCGAAGUAAAGACUAGAGUUGGACAGAUGAAGGAGAAGAUCAACCAGCUACUGAAGGAUGUGGACAACAGCUACAACAUGGCUCUAAUUAAGCUUCCCAAAGCUGUCCGACAGACAAACUGGUUGGAGUAUUUCAUGUCUGACAAACCCAAGUCACCAGAAGUGGAUAAUAUAAGGAGAGAAGAGGAAGCUGCCGUCGUUGAAAGCGUUGUGGCCGAGGACCACGCCGUCCUUCUGAAAUCAGUCAAGAAAACAUCAAAGAAAAAGGGCGGCGCCAAAUCCAGCUCGGGGGAUGAAAUCACCCCGAGCACAACACGGAAGGGAAAGGCAACAAGGAAACCUCCAACAACAUCUAAACGGGCAAAGGCGCUGGCCGCCAGCAAGCUGAACACCUCGAUCAGACGAUCAAGCAGGAAGAUGUUUGUCACUCCCGCCAGGAGUAUGCUGGACUCCUCUCUGAUGAUGGGCCCCACUCCCCUCAUUACCCCGCGCUUCGACCCAAGACUUCCUAGGACCCCCGCUGUGAGGAUUCCCCGCCACAAAGAAAGGGUGUACAGCAUCUCGGUCAACGGCUCUCCGAUCGCGGCAGGAAGUGAGGACAUCGUCAUCAACGUGCCCAUCGGCAACGGAGAGAGUGUGCAGCUAAUGGCCAGUCAGAUGGACUCGGUGGACCUGUCUCUGCUGGAUGAAAGUGCUCUGAGGAGCAUUCGGCUGCUGCAGAAUCGCCUCACAACCCUGUGUGGAACAGCAAAGUGACCCACCAAUCGUCUGUCAACUUGUACAUUACCUUUACAUUAGUUUUUAUUCAUUUACUGUUGUAAGACUGUCUAGUUGGCCGUUUUACUUGCCUCGCCUUUCAUUUUUUCAUGUGUAUUUCCUCUUUUGUAGGGAUGGGCUUAAUCCUUUAUGGGCUUAUACUGUUAUACUAUACUCCUUUUCAGUGCUUUUCUAAAUGUGGAUUUUAUUUGUCCUGCAAGCCUUGUGAGACUGUUAACUCUGCAAAUAUGGUUUUACUGCUCAUAAUUACUCUCUAAUCUUUUUUCGUGCAAUUCAUUUUGUCAUUGUUGAAUACACAAUCCUCCGUGUACAUAGAUCAAUCUUUGUCUGCAAAAAACAAUAAAUGAUUUAGCCCACAGCUC